AUGUCCGAAUUUUCGCCGCAAAAUGUUGUGUCCAUAUUGUUGGACAAAUAUGGUGUUGGGGAUGCUAAAGCCGCUACCAGAGAAGAACAGAAGAUGGCGGAUCGGUUUGCGUAUUGUAUUGAACAAUGUAAGAAUGGGAUGACGUUAGAAGAGGAGAAUGAAGAGGCCGAAGUUGAAACUGACAACUAUGACAGUGAUCCGGAUUAUGAAGACUUGGAAGAAGACGAACCUGAUUGCUUGCCACCAGAAGAUCAAGUUCAACUCAGUGACGGAGGCAUCGCAUGA